AUUUCAGGAACGUCUGGAAAAUCUCCAAAAAUACAGAAGCUUGUUAAGAAAUUAGCUGCUGUGCCAUGGAGGUGUGCCAGGGGCCGGAGUGUCACAGACCAAUUAAAUUGUAGGAGUAAAGCAAGUUGUAAUUUUGAGCGGUGCAGCUGACCUGAGUUUCUGCCAACAUUUUUUCUUGCACAGAUAGAUCUGUAGCAGCAGACCUGAAGUCAAUGAUGUUUUCCAAGCUAACCCGCCCUCAGAGCAUCGUGUUUCUCUGCCGAGGUGUUCACAGCUCACUGGGUUCUGCUAACUCAGUUGCCACCAAAAAAACCAUUCAAAGACCUGUAUCCUCUGAAUACAUAUUUGAGCGUGAGGCUAAAUAUGGUGCCCACAAUUAUCAUCCACUACCAGUUGCUCUGGAGAAAGGAAAAGGUAUUUAUGUGUGGGAUGUUGAAGGUAGGAAGUAUUUUGACUUUCUGAGUGCUUACAGCGCUGUUAAUCAAGGCCACUGCCACCCAAAGAUUGUGAAUGCUCUGAAAGCUCAGUCUGAAAAACUGACCCUGACAUCUAGGGCAUUCUACAACGAUGUACUUGGCGAAUACGAGGAGAUGGUCACCAAAAUGUUCAAUUAUAACAAAGUUCUUCCAAUGAACACAGGAGUGGAAGCUGGAGAAACUGCCUGUAAAUUGGCUCGCAAGUGGGCUUACACCGUGAAAGGAAUUCCAAAAUACAAAGCAAAAAUUAUUUUUGCAGCUGGCAACUUCUGGGGCAGAACCAUGUCUGCUAUCUCUAGUUCUACCGACCCAUCCAGCUAUGAUGGAUUUGGACCCUUUAUGCCAGGUUUCGAAGUGAUCCCAUACAACGACCUACCAGCUCUUGAGCGGGCCCUCCAAGAUCCCAAUGUAGCAGCUUUCAUGGUUGAACCAAUUCAAGGUGAAGCAGGUGUGGUUGUUCCUGACCAAGGUUAUCUCACAGGAGUGCGGGACCUCUGCACGAAACACAAUGUUCUGUUCAUUGCUGAUGAAAUACAGACUGGUUUAGCCAGAACAGGGAAGAUGCUGGCUGUUGACCAUGAAAAUGUGAGACCUGAUCUGAUUCUUCUUGGAAAGGCCCUUUCUGGUGGCUUAUAUCCUGUCUCAGCAGUGCUGUGUGAUGAUGACAUUAUGCUGACCAUCAAGCCUGGGGAACACGGAUCUACGUACGGAGGAAAUCCCUUAGCUUGCCGCAUUGCGAUGGCAGCGCUGGAGGUAAUUGAAGAGGAAGAGUUGGUUAAAAAUGCAGAAAUAAUGGGUAACAUACUAAGGAAUGAGCUCAUGAAGACACCGUCUGAUGUUGUAACUUGUGUAAGAGGAAAAGGACUUUUAAAUGCAAUUGUAAUUCGGGAAACGAAAGAUUAUGAUGCUUGGAAGGUGUGCUUGCGGCUUCGUGAUAACGGACUUCUCGCCAAACCCACGCACGGCGAUAUCAUUCGGCUGGCACCACCGCUCAUCAUUAAGGAGGAUGAAAUCAGAGAGUGCAUCGAAAUAAUUCAUAAGACCAUUCUGUCAUUCUGAACACGCGGCUUUUAAAGUGUAUCUGCUGACCCAUGGCGGUGUGUUGGAAUCUGUGCGAUGAAGGCUGGCUCUUGAAGGAAGCAUCUCUUAUUUCUUUUAUCUAAGAGGACUUUUAAAACAUAGCUAUGUCUUCAAACUAUUCAUAUAAUGGCUCUGAAGAAAAUAAUGAUUUUAUUUGAAGAGUUUCCAAUCUUGGAAUAAUUGGAAAUAAAGUGGGGAGGUUCUGGUCAUGUAGUCAUGUACCUACUGUACAGUUAAGCCAGAAGGGAGGGAGAUUUCUCUAGAAAUCUAAUUGUUGAAACUCUUGGCCAAAGUUCAAAGCGUAAUUUAUAUAUAUUUUAGUAAGGGUGGUCUUACACUCUCAUAUGACUUCAAAAGCAUCAUUCAGCAUUUUUGCCCCUCAGUGAGAUGUCUGUAGGGUAGAAGCACUUGUCAUUAUGGAUGAAUUCCUGUUUCUCAUUUGUAACUAGAAGAAACUUCUAACACUGAAGUUUGACAAAUUGGGUGUUGAUGCUGGUGAACGUGGCGAACUUGCGUGUACAAUAUUUUGAUUGUAUGACAAGAGAUGCUGUUUUCAAGCCUGGUCUCUGUUUGGCUUUGCAAUCUUGUAAAAUAGAUCUAAGCAUAUAGAUGUGUUUUUACUGCUAUAAAACUUUCUAUAAUCUGGAUGUUUAUAUCAAAACAUGCCUUGCAUUAAAAAAAAUAAUGUGCAACUAAAACAUACAGUGCAUUCAAAAA